AACGUUACUUGUUCAUUAUUAGAUUGUUUCAUAAAAAGUAAAAAAUCACAUAACAUCGAUAUAAACUCAACUAUUGCAAAAUCAGAGCCUAUGAUUACACAUGGUAUGAUGAAUGCAUAAGUUUUUAAAGUCUUGUGCGUUGAGCGAGUGUAAGGGGAUAAUAGUUUUGAUAGGUUAAAAACAAUGUCAUGUGUCACAUUUCAAAGAUUGACAAUGUUCAGGAUAGGAUUGUUGAAGAAUAUAAGGGGUCUAAAUAAUUUCCUUGCAGCAUGUGAAAUCCCUAAAAACAGUGGUGUUCCUAUAGUAAUCAAAUCUCUAAACGAUGAACCUAAUUUUUCACACAACAAGCAAGCUGUUACAAUCCGAUUGCAACGAAAUAUUUUCACGUACAGUGCUUCUUAUGGCACAAAAGGUAUACAAGAAAAUAUCUCUGCACUCCACAUGAAAAAACGUCCCUUAAGAAAAAAAAGAUCUGUGUCGGAAGACGAAGAUACAGCUAUUCCUGGUUUCUGGAAUGUUAAAUCAUCAGCCACUGCUGAAGAAUAUGAUUUAGAAAACCUCAUGGUUGGUUUAAUCAAACAGGAUCUGUACGUCCCAGAAAAAAUUCGAACUUCAUCAAAAUCAAUGCCAGAUGUCAUACACGCCGUAGCUAAGUAUGAAGUUGAAGCAGAGCCUCGUGAAGUCUACUUUUUCAGGGAGGGCACAGUUGUUUUUUGGAACAUCUCAGAACUUGAGAGUGGGAAUGUCUUACAAUUCUUGAAAGCUUAUGAAGAAGACAGCUAUUCCGAUAAGUUGGUUCAAACUGAAAGCGAACUGAUGUCCUAUACAUAUUCAGACACUGGAAAAAAGAGUCAUCUCAAGGACGGAAACAUAAUAUUGGUACCAGGGGCUACAGAUCUAGAUAAAUACACAUUCUCUAAUGCGAUAUCCUUAUCUGUAAAGCUCGGUAUAUGGGAGGCAUCUUUAGAUCGAUACAUAGAUUCAAUCGCCUUUGUGACCGAUGACCUCAAGACUGGUCGACCAAUAAAAAUGAGCAGAGAAGAAGUCUUGAGAAAGCAGGGCGAACUAUUUGCUCUGAGACAUAUGAUUAACUUGAGCUCAGAUCUUCUAGAUACACCAGAUUUUUAUUGGGAAAGAGACGAGCUGGAAAAUUUUUUUCAACAGACGUGUAGCUACUUCAGCAUCUCCAAGCGAACUCGAGUGAUGAACGAGAAACUCAACCACUGCGUCGAACUGGUGGAACUUUUGUCGUCUCAUCUUAGCGAUCGUCACCAUGUUCGCCUGGAAUGGAUGAUAAUCAUAUUAAUCAUGGUUGAAGUUGGAUUUGAGAUAUUGCAUUAUAUCGAUCGUUAUUUUGGCGGUCGAGGAGAAAUGUCUAUAGAGCCAAUACCUCGUUGAACUUUUUUCGUUAAGUGAUAAUCGAAAUACGAUAUCAUUGCUCGAAGUAUUUAUACCAUGGAAAUUUUCUAGUUUUGUAAAUAUUCGUUGAUAGUCAUCCUUUUUAUUGCUCCUGAUGUUAAUAUAUUGCAUCAUAUAAAUGGGAAAGCAUUCUCGUGAUUGUAAUUGUAAAAUGUUUUCGCAAGUUCCAAGACUUCACAAUAAACGUUGCCAAAAAUAAAGAAUACAAA